CACACGUUCACUUUAACCACGGUGCACAUCUUUCUAUUCUUAACCAGCAUUGACAUUGACAUUGAUUGACCACGAACCAAGUCACGUAAACUGUUUGCGCAAUCAGUAUCACGUAUUGUGGACAUGAAUAAAGAACUCGGUAUAAAAGUCACCACUCAAACCGUGCAAAAAUUACUUGGUUUCUGCGACUUGAACACAAUGUACCAAAUUUUAUCCUUUAUUCUAGCCUUCGCCGUCGGGGUGGUAGUUCCUCACGGUGGAAUGAUCGACCCGCCGGGGAGGAACUACAUGUACCACGCAGGCUUCGAAGGAACCCCACCAAACUGGAAUUGGCAGGCUGUCUGGUGUAACGACGUUCCUCAAGCAAUCGACGUCCCGGAAUCUACUUGUGGCAUGUGUGGCGACGUUCCUAGCGAUCCUGCCCCCAGAGAGAAUGAGAAUGGAGGCUAUUAUGGGAAAGCAACCGUAGGCAAGAACUAUACCGCUGGCUCUAUUAUCGAUGUUCGAACCGAAUUCGGCGCUGCUCACUACGGAUACAUGGAGUUUCACUUGUGCCAAACGAGCAUCGAGUCGCCAGGUUGUUUCCAGAAACUUGCAAUUGUUGGAGGAAGUGAAGACAUCAUUCCUGAAGAAAGAAUGUGCGUCCCAUACCCAAACAGCGAAACUAGAAUACUCACCGCCAGACUUCAACUUCCAGCUGGGGUGCGAUGUAACCGAUGCACGUUAAGAUGGACGUAUCGAACAGCUUACCCGGGAUGGGGAUGUAUGGUCAAUCAGGGACAAAACCACCCUGGACAGGACACUGUCCAAAAGUGGUUUUGGACACCAAUCCUGAAGUGUCCAAAAGUGAAAAGUGGGGUAAACCGAUACAAUUCAUAUUACCCCAUCGGACACUUACGGACACUUUUGGGAAAACCCUGUCGUCAAUGAAAAAAUACCAUGUUCGAGCCGAAUUUGAAGUACUAAAUAUUAUUUGUGCAUUAACAGGUUGGCAUGAGUGUGCCGUUAAUCCCAACCCAGCGCAAGUGUUCAGGAAUUGUGCUGACAUUAGCAUGCAGUGAAAAUAGUGGUUAAUUGGUUAAACUCUUAAUGGUUACAAGGCGAGAUGAAAUAAUAUGUAAAUGUAUAUAUAUGAAGUAAAAUUAGUAUGUUAUUUACGUCAAUGUGAAAUAUGGUUGUGCCAAAUCUUACAAACCGCAAUUGUUAAAACAAAAUUUUCAA